UACAGUACCUAUCAGGAACAAUGGCGUCCGAAAAGAGCUCUGAAUCCCAAGAUGAGAGAGCUGCUCUCAUAGCGACGGACGCAGAGCAAGAUGUACAUCAGCAGUGUGGUCCAGUUGCAAAGCAAAGCGAUUCCAAAUUAAGACUUUAUCACUGGACUCAGUCUUUCAAUUCUCAGAAGGUGCGUCUGGCCAUAGCAGAGAAGGGUUUGCAAUGUGAGGAAUACAAUGUGAGUCUUCCCCUUAGUGAACACAACGAACCCUGGUUCAUGCGUCUAAAUCCUGCUGGUGAGGUGCCGGUCCUAAUCCAUGAUGACAACGUCAUAUGUGACCCAACACAGAUCAUAGACUACCUGGAGCAGAACUUCAAUGAUGAAGGCACACCAAAGCUGAUCCCUGAAGAGGGCACUACAUACUACCACAGAGUGCAGCACUACAGAGAGCUACUGGACUCACUACAGAUGGAUGCUUACACCCAUGGCUGCAUCCUCCACCCUGAGAUCACAGUGGACUCCCACAUACCUGCAUAUGCUGCUGCAUGCAUACGAACACAGAUUGGAAACACACAGUCUGAGCUGAAAAAACUGGCAGAGCAGAACCCAGAGCUUAAAGAUGCUUAUAUAGCAAAGCAAAGGCGUUUGAAGUCUAAGUUGUUUGACCAUGACAACAUGAAAUACCUGAAGAAGCUUCUGGAUGAAUUGGAGAGUGUGAUGGACCAGGUGGAGACAGAGCUACAGCGGAGGGUGGAGGAAACACCAGAAGAAGGCAGCCAUCCCUGGCUGUGUGGUGAGUUCUUCAGCAUGGCCGAUGUCUCACUGGCGGUCACCUUACAUCGCCUCAAGUUCCUCGGCCUCUCCCGACGCUACUGGGGCAAUGGCAACCGCGUGAACCUGGAAACAUACUAUGGGCGUGUGGUGGAACGCCCGGCCUUCAGGCGAGUUCUGGGCCAUGUCAACAACAUCCUGAUCUCGGCUGUCCUGCCUGUGGCAUUUCGCGUGGCCAGGAAGAACAUGCCGGUCAUUGUUGGUACCACUCUGUUGAUAGGCAUUCUGGGAGGAGCAACCUACUUCACUUUUCUUUACAUGAAGAAGAGGCUGACUGCCUUCAGCUGAGGGAGGUUCAGGUGGUUUGGGACUUAUUUGAGGUGGUGGGAGGAGCUAAAGAAACUGCAAAAGAGAAAUGUCACCUAUACAUCAAACCACAAAUUCAAGUAAUCUAAGAAUAAAUAACAUAGAAUAUGAUCAAUUAAUAUAUAUCCAUAAUAUAAAAUUGAAACAGGCCUUAAUUGUCUUCUGUGUUGCUGGUUGAACAAAAUGCACCUUUAGUCAUCCUCAGUAUGCGACUGCUGCAUCAUACACCAAAGGACUGACUUAAACAGCUGUACUAGUGUGUUUACAUGUUUUUUCACAUUUGCUAUAAAUCACGUGUUGUAUCUGUUGUGUUUAUGCAGCUCUAUAAAUAAAGAGUUAAGAAUCAAAAUAUGAAAAACAAUUAAACAGUCUGAUGAACUUUUAGUUGGGCAGUUCUACAUAUAUUGUAAUAACACCCGAAAGUACCACUGUUGUCUGACAGAUAUUAAAAUACAUUUCUAAAGGUUUGGAGUUGAUAUAAACCAGUACAUGUAGAUUUGCAUACUUUACUGAAAGUAAUGGAAAGUGGUCAGUCACUGGAAGAGGGGAACUGCAAAUUCAUAUAUUAAAAUGUCAGUACUAAUAUAAGAUAUUUAAUUUAUAGUAAAUGGGCAAAAACUUUCAAGCAAACAAAAAACAUUAGAAUGGUUACUGCAUCUUUAUGUGCACUUAAAUUACUAUUAAAAGCCUAUAUGUUUUGC